AUGCGCAUCCAGCAUGAGGUGUCGCUCUUCGGGAGUGUCGCAUUUGGAGGGGAGAUCAUCUGCUGGUUUAGUCGCAAAUUGGAGUAUGAAGGAGAGCUGAGGCUGGCAACGUGCUCGGGUUGCCCGCAACCAGUGAUCUUGGCGGCAGCGAAAAAGUGUGGCGAGCGACGACUUUAA